AUGGAAAGGAGGCUGCCGCUGCUGGCCAGAGAGAGAGAGAGAGGGACAGUCGAGGGAGCCGGUUCAUGCAUUGCCAGCCUGUUCCUUCAUGUUGCUUGGACCUUUGUGCGUUUUUUUUUUUUUUUGCUUCGGGAAGAAGCCUGCUUCUUGGUGCGCCAUUUUGUCUCAUUUUUCGCGUUGUGUACUAGAAAGAAUGAGGGCCCGUCUAACGCGCGUUCUGCUCGGCGCUCCAGCCUAAAACCAGGUGCUAGGCCUGGUCUUAAGGGUCAACAGACACCUUCCGGCGUAGACGGGUCAAUUUCAAGCAUAAUUGGUCAUUGUGUCACUGCAACUUUCACAUUGCAAAGCCAGCAUGCAGGUGAAGAGACCCUGGAGAGGAUGCCUGCAAAACCUCAUCUAGCUGUCAUUGGUACAAGGGGCAGAUCAUCCCGACUAAACUGUGGUAAAGGUAGAGUCAGUGGAGUAGCUCGAAGGGUGCUCAGCCUUCUCAACAUACUUUGAAGAAUAAAUGGAAGUGUUCACAAAA